AUGUCUUCCUCAACGCAGGACCUCAUCCUACAACUUCACCUCGGGAACACGUUUGGGGCACUGUUUAUUGGGGUCACCCUUGCAGCAAUUCUCUUUGGUCUAAGUAACAUUCAGGCUUUCGUCUACUUUCAGUCGCACAAGGGCACAGGGAUAUCAUUCCAUAAGCUAGUCGUUGCCUGGCUUUGGAUACUCGACGCUCUGCACCUGUUUUUGAUAGUCCACUGUGUCUAUUAUUAUUUAGUGGCUCACUACGCAGAUAUCAAUGUACUAACGGAAAUUGUGUGGAGCUUCAAACUUCAGAUAGUUAUUGAUGUGAUAAUUGUCUACGGGGUACAUCUUCUAUACUUUCAUCGCAUAUGGAUAAUCGCCAAGGGCCGAUCGAGAGUACUCCCUAUAGCCGUGGGCGUAAUCAUAAUUUCGGGUUCAGGUGUUGCUAUUGCCCUUAUUUGGGCCAUAUAUCAGUGUCAUGUGUUCUCGGAUCUGAUUAAAAUCGAGUGGGCGACAUUUAUGGCUUUGGGCACGAUUACUUUCGUCGACUUCGUGAUCGCAUCAUCGCUAUGCUAUCUCCUCGCUAUUUCCCGUACUGGAUUCUCUAGCACCGAUUCCAUGUUAACAAAGCUCAUGGCUUACAUUAUUAACACGGGCUGUCUGACAAGCAUGUGUUCACUGUCGGCUAUGAUUACAUGCGCAGUGAUGCCGCACAACUUCAUCUUCCUCGGUGUUGAAUUUUUGGUGGCUAAAUUAUACGUCAACUCGUUCCUCGCACUUCUGAACGCGCCAUACUACUUGCAGCCCGCUACAGAAACCAACCAUUCUGCCGAAGUCCAUAUGCACCACGGCAUCUACCGCCCAGAACUGAACGUUAUAGCGUCCCAGGGCGAAGAAUUCCAGGCAUCCCGGAAAAGCACGUUUAAACACCCUGGCGAUGAUGUUAUACAUCUUACUCGAUCUGCCAUGUCACGUCGGCCCAUUGAGGUGACGGUAGAGACGAAUUCCUUCUCAUCAGUGUGA